UCUCUUCAAACCCUAAAAAUCUAAGCUUUCAUAAUCCAAAUCCUUUCAUCAAGUGGCAGAUUCAAUUAACAAUCUCUGGCAUCCAAAAGUUACAUUCAAUUAUGAGAUACAAAAAGGGUUGCAAAGUGGAGGUUAGGAGUGAUAAGAGUAUGCUAAUUUCAUGGCAAUGUGCUGAAUUCAUCUCUGGUAGUGACCACAGUUGCCUUGUGAAGUUUGAAUCGAAAAAAGAGGAGGCUGUUUUAGAGAGAGUGUCUUGGAAUGCUAUCAGACCUUGUCCUCCCCCCUCAUCAGUUGAAGAUAUUCGAUUUGUUGCUGGCGAUGUUUUGGAGGUUUUCGAUCAUGGUUCUUGGUUGACUGCAGUCGUUCUGAAAGUUUUGAAUAAGGGUUGUUAUUCAGUGAGACUGCUUGGAUCUUCCAAGGAAUUGAAAAUACAUAAGUCGAGAAUUAGGGUUCGAUUAUCAUGGCAACACGAAAAAUGGUUUAGUGUUGGACAGGGUUCUAGACGAAAUCAACAUUUCAAACCUAACGGUGUUCGUAACAUAUUAAAGUUUAAGCUGAAGCAGAUCAAGAAAGAUUUUAUUCCUUUUGAAGAUAAUGAGAGGUUUCGAAGAAAGGUAGAUGAUGGUGUUUUAUACCCAAAAGAAAAACAGGGUGAAAAAGGGGGCCAUGCUUUUUGCCGGCUUCCAUUGGCUGCCAAUUGGUAUAUUCCAGUUUUUACUUCCUCUUUUUGUUCUUUUAUAAGAAUCUCAUUUCCAGGCGUUUUUGCUAACUUUGAAUUGAUGACAGGAAGAUGUGAGGAUUUCUCAUGCAAGGUUUUUUGUUCUUACGUAUCACAAUCUUUUAUUAUUAUGGUAGCUGAAAUGACAAGGCUCUUGCCUAAGAGACCAAAUGUCUCGUGUUCGAUUUCCACUAAGAACGCUUUAUUACAUCCUAAAAUAAAAUAAAAAAUCCUUUAUAAUUAUCUUAAUCAUAAUCUAAUAUAAUGAGAAUUUUCAUCGAUGAACAUUCAUCUGAGUUGGAUUUUGCUUCCUACUGUUGUAUAUGUCUAUAUUGCAAAGUCUGAUUUUUGUAUAAAUGAGAGAACUUAUUGUUGUUUUAACCUAACUUUUAACUACGGCAAAUACUUCUUAAUAAUCAAAAUCACGGGAAAAUAUAUUUGUGUAGAUACAAUAACAUUUCAAAAUUACAAGUUCUUUUUCCUUAAUUCAACCAUUCACUAUAUAUUGUAUUUUGAAUAACAACUCUUGAUUUAGAUUUUUAUCGCAUUUACCUAUGUUAUUAGGACAUUUCCUUUACAUAUGUUAUUAGGCCAUCUCAUAGUAGUUGAAAACACCGGUACAAAAAAUCAGAAAUUUUGGAUUACAUGAAAGUUUAGGGAACAAAAUACCUUUCGUCUCUUAUUAUUAUCGUCUAGAUGUUCUUAGCUGAUGUUUCUGUUUAUGAUAAAUUGAAAUUUGAUCUCUUUAUCAGAUCCUUGAGAUGAUUUUCUAACUGGGUGAAAUACUUUUGGAUUAAAAUAUACUUUGAGAGACAUGGUGAUUGAGAUAAAUUGAAUAGUUAAAUGAGUGAAUUGAUUUCAACGGAAUUAAAUGAUUUGAAAUGUUAUAUGAAAUGGUUUAUGCUCCUGAUUAAAAGGAGACAAUAGUAAUGAAGUGAAGUUUGAGAAAGAGCUCUGUUGAUGUUGAAAACUAGCUUGUUGAUCUUGAUGGUUGGAAUUUUAAGUAGAUGUGAUUUUGAAAGAAACAGUUUGAUUAUUGCAGAAUUUGCUUUCAAUUUGAUUGUAUUGUUAGAAACAGUUUUGAUUAUGAUUUGAUUAUGAGAAACAUAUAUUCCUUGUUUGAUCUAAGGUUAUUUGAAUAACCAAGUUGUUAUUUUCAAAUAAACCUUGUUUGACCUUAAAAAGGACAUUUAAGGUAUCCAUAUAUAAGUCUGAUUGUUGAUUGGAUCGUAGGUUAUUUAGAAUUAAGCCAAACAAAGACAAGUUAUACUUUUUUCUUCAUUGAAACUAUAAUUCUAGUGAUUUAUUCUAACAUAAACAGAUUUAUCUCUUCUCUUCGAU